GUGCACUUGUUUUCCCUCUGGAUAUAUGACGAGUCAGUACGCGCAAGCUAAACACUGCCAGCUGUUCCAAACUGAUCUUGAAGAUCUUCUUCUGUUGCCCACACGCGUCAUUUUAUGCGGCAACGAUGCCAGUCAAGACAGGGAUGCUGGGGGAGUAGAUUCACGCAUUGUCCUUCCAACCCUAGGUGGUGCCCUUAGUAGCCUUCUAACAGCAAUUCACGUCCGUGCGUCGAUCGAAAAUGCCGUUGUGCGAGUGUUCAUUCCUAAGAGUAAACAGGAGGCCCUACUGUUAGACAACCCGUACGUGCAGCUGCAGCAACAGCAGGCAAUAGUCCAGGAAGAAGACAAGAAAGAGGUGGUCAAUGCGGGAUUGGAAUCGGGUACAUCCGUUCACACACGGCGCCCAUCACCAAAAAAAAUGUUGCAUCGUGUGGGUCGAGUGGUCGCACUGUUGUCGAAACCGAAAAGCACGAACCAGGGUAGCCAUAGCGGGAGCACGCCUUCUGGAGAGGAGCUGUUGUCAUCUUGGAUGUUGGCAGUCCAUCUCGGUGAAAAAAUUGAGCUUUUUGCUAUUAAAUGCGUCUCUAAUGAAGUACUUUCCGAGCCUGAGCAUCUUGUGUAUCUUCACUCCACUUUAGGCAAGCACCCAAUGUCACGUGCCGCAUUGAAGCAGGCCCCAACGAAUGCGACGGACAACUUCAUCUUGACAGGUGAGCGUGCCGAGGUAGUUAAGAAGAAUUUGAAGGAUUUACGUGCUGUUUUCGAGGCCGUGCGUCUACACGAGAAGAAAAUGAGUGGUGAUAAAAGCGCCGAGCCACUGCAACCGCUUUUAUCUCACAUAGGGGUGGAUGCUGGUGUGAGCAAUGUAUCGCACAACGUCGCGGGCGUCCCCCUAUUCAAGCGAGCCCGUACAGAUGGCGUAUCAGAGAUCCAAACAGAGUCGGGUAAAAGGCAUGGAAAUCAGGAUGUCAUUCCCCAGACGUAUGAAGAGGCGGAAGUGGAGCAGACACAGUAUUUCGGCGAACAGGAAUAUUCGAAAGCUGUUCGAUUUUCUCGUUUAAGUCGCGAAAACGAGACUCUUACGCAGCAAGUUGAUCAGCUACGACAGGUGCUUCAGAGCCGGGAUGAAAGCCUGGCCCUGCUGCAUAAGCAGCUGCGGCAAGCUGAGGAGCAGCAUAAAAGCGAGCUUUCACAGUGGCGCCUCAAAGAAUUAGAUGAGAGAAAGUCUCAUGAGCGGAUAGUGUUAGAGCAACAUACAAAGUUGAAGGAUAACGAAACCCUCCUGCAGAAGGCUGACCAGAAGCUGCGCGAGUUGGCAAAGAUGACCGUAAAAUACAAAAGUAUAUUCGACGAGGUCAUGCGGCGCAUGGACUUAAAGGGUAAGAGCCCAGAAGAGGUUCUCAUCAUACUAAAGGAUGAUAAGUGCUCAACGCCUUUUUAG